AUGGCGGCGGCGCUGAGGGGCCGCGCGGGCCCGGGCGGGGCCCCGGCGCUGUGGCGGCUCCAGAGCCGGCGGCGCAGCUCGUUCGACGUGGCCGUGGUGGGCGCGGGGAUCGUGGGCCUGGCCACAGCCCGGGAGCUCCUCCAGCGCCACCCCUCGCUGGCCUUGGCCGUGCUGGAGAAGGAGCAGGAGCCAGCCCAUCACCAGAGUGGCCACAACAGUGGUGUGAUCCACAGCGGGAUUUACUACACGCCUGGCUCCCUGAAGGCCAAGCUGUGCGUGCAGGGGGCAGCCCUGUGCUACAAAUACUGUGACCAGAAGGGCAUUCCCUACAAGCAGUGUGGGAAGCUGAUUGUGGCUGUGGAACAGGAUGAAAUUCCAAGGCUCAAAGCUCUGUAUGAGAGGGGGCUGCAGAACAAUGUCCCGGGGCUGAAACUCAUUGGAGCCAAGGAAAUCCAGGAGAAGGAGCCCUUCUGCAGGGGACUGAUGGCCCUGGAUUCUCCCUACACUGGCAUUGUGGAUUACAAACAAGUGGCCCAGUCCUAUGCCAGAGACUUCCAGGAAGCAGGGGGGACAAUCCUGACUGAUUUUGAAGUCACAGCCAUGGAGAUGGCCAAAGAAAGUUCUGCACAAAGUGAAGAUGGGCUGAAAUACCCAGUCAUUGUUAGGAGCAAAAAGGGGCAGGAGGUGUCCUGUGGGCACAUCCUGACCUGUGCAGGGCUCCACUCCGACCGCCUGGCCCAGAUCAGCGGCUGCAGCCCCCAGCCCAGGAUUGUCCCAUUCCGGGGGGAUUAUUUGGUGCUAAAACCAGAAAAGUCUUAUUUGGUGAAAGGAAAUAUUUAUCCAGUUCCCAACCCUCGUUUCCCAUUCCUGGGAUUCCAUUUCACUCCCAGGAUGGAUGGCAGUGUCUGGCUGGGCCCUAAUGCAGUGCUGGCCUUUAAGAGGGAGGGUUACAAACUCCUGGACUUCAGCCCUGGAGACUUCUUAGAUGCUGUCACCUACAGUGGGCUGUGGAAGCUGGUGCUGAGGAACGUGUCCUACGGCCUGGGGGAGCUGUACAGAGCCUUCUCCCUCAGUGCCCAGGUCAGGCAGCUGCAGAGGUUCAUCCCUGAGGUCACCACCAAUGAUGUUCUCAGGGGUCCCUCAGGUGUGAGAGCCCAGGCCCUGGACAGUGAGGGCAAUCUGGUGGAUGACUUUGUGUUUGAUGGGGGCUCAGGGGCCGUGGGCAGCAGGAUCCUGCACGUCAGGAACGCUCCUUCCCCCGCUGCCACCUCCUCCCUGGCCAUCGCCGCCGCCAUCGCCGACGAGGCCCAGCGGCGCUUCCAGCUCUGAGCCCUGCAGCAAUCCCGGCAGGAAUCCCGGCAGGAACCCUGCCUGCUGCCCCUCUGCAGCCUGGCACUCCUCCUGAAGGACACACACAGCCCCCAGGCAGUGCCCAAGCAGUGUUCUGUGCCCGUUCUGUGCCCACAGCUCCUCGGCGUGGUGAGGAAGGUUUGGCCGGUGCAGCAGGAGCGGCCGUGGCAGGGUGUGCAGCACAGGCACAGCAGGCUGGGAUCCCUCUCUGUGCCAUUUUCCACCUGGAUUUGCCAUGGCUCUGCUCACAAUGCUGCCUCCUCAGAGGGGUCUGAAAAGCCACGGGCGUGGGGUGGCUCUGAUGGCAUUGAAAUUGGAUGUGCAGCCCUCUGGAUGACAUGGAGGUAAUGGACUAGGAGGAUAAGCCCUGCUGAUGUGGAAUUAAAGGCUUUGGCAGAGAUUGAGAACAACAUUCAGAGCCUUCAACGUGAAUGUAGAGUAUUUCACAGAAAAAUAAGCUUAAAGAGGAUUACCAAAGCCAAGUCAAUUUAGAUCUGCAAUUCAGAUACUCUGUCUGAUCACUGUCUGUGUUUUUUAUAGGGGAGAAAUCAAAAUAUGGAUGCAAACAAUCACUUUUCAUUUCAUUUACAGCUGGGCAAUCAGCACUGAUCAGAAACUUCAUCAGUGGCUUUGGGUUUCUUCCUUUGAAUGCUGAUGAUGCAAAAGGAGCUGAUCUUUGUCCAGCCACUUGAGCAAUCCAGGGAAAAUGGUCUUUGGAACAGGAAAUGUGAAAUGUGAAGGGAGGGAAGCUCCAGAAACCUGCCCUGAGUCAUGGUGGUGUUGCUUCCCUUGGAGCCCGAGCAGGGAUGAGUCAGGGAGAUUUCCCAUUUUCCCUGAGCACAAGGGGAGCUCAGGCAGGGCUGGUGACCCCUCUGAGCUCCACUGAUACCCAAUUUUUAUCAGAGAUACACCUGGAGGAGUCUGUGUGCAGGGAGAGGUGAAGUAAACUCAGGGCUGGGCCCAGGAUCUGGGAGUGUCCUGCAGAAUUGCUGUGGAGCAGAAUUUUGUGGCCUCAGGGACAAAGUAUUGAGGAUUUAAUAACAGCUGCUGGGUAGCACAGAUAAUUGUGGGGAGUUUGCACCAGAAAAUUGGACAUGAAUUUUUCCUUAAAACAUUCUUUUCUGAGUUCCUCUGAUGGGAGUUAGCACAGGAGGGCAGCUGUGAGGCUGAUUUUACUGUACAGAUUUGAGACAUUUUUGAGGGGGAAAAAGGGCUUAAUCUGCCUUUUUAUUAUUAUUAUUUAAUUUUUUUCCUUUUUUUUUUCCUGUUAAAAUCUACUUUACCAGCAAAUUGACUGCUGGAAAUUCAAAUACCAGAGCAAAGUUUUGGUCACUUCAGGCAGAGAUUCAGCUGUUCCAAGUCUUCCAGUGCCACAGGGCUGUGUAAAACUUCCCACAGUGGAACAAUCCUGUUUUCCCUCCGUGCCAGAAGUGUUGCCUAUCAACAGUAAAUCCUGCAAAAGGAUUGCAAAAGCCACUUCCUCCCACAUGGGGUGUGGCCCUGACAUGUAUGAACAGAGUAAAGAACAUGAAAAUGCUCAGCAGACAGAGACCAGGGGGAGUCCUGAGUCAGCAUUUCCCUGUGCACUGCUUUUUCCUCUCAGGUGAUGAUUGUUUGGGGGUAAAGUUUUAUUUGAAAUUUAAAUUAUGAACCUUGAUGUAGCAUUCUGUGAAAUGGAAAUGUUUUCAGAGAUAAAAGUUUUACACUCUUGUAUUAAAAAUAAGUUCAGAGAUUAUGAUGUCAGGCUUUCAGGCAUCAGUCUUGUUGCUCACAACGUGUGAAAAUGUAUUAAUUUAUUUUCCAAAUGAGCCUCACUUUGAUAAUUUCAUAAAU